UUCCCGAGAAAACAUUCUUUAUUACUUCCCCCUCGCUCUCUCUACUUUCCUAGAAAAGUUCACUUCUUUCUUUGAUUGAUUGAUUACUCAUUUUCUCUCACUCCAAUCCUCCAAGAACCCAUCUUUCUUUCAAUCCUUGCAUCCCCACGAAAAUCCCACUUCUGGGUUUUCUUUCCCAUUCACUUAAUUCCCCCACCGAGCUCUCAGAGCUCCAAUGGCGGCCGAGAACGCGCUCAAAUCGAGGGAGGUCUCCGCCAUGAUCAAACAGGGCUUCAUCUCCGAUCAAACCCUCUCCUUCUCGCCGUCAAGAUCCCUCUCCAAGCUCUAUUCUCCCACCUCCUCGCCCUCCAAGCCCCUCUCCUCCCCUCCUUCUCCCCAACCGCCGCCGCCGCAACUCGCCGGGUCAAAUCACUCUCUGACUCGACCGACCCCGUCCCAAACCCUCUACGAGAUGAUGUCCGACGACCAGAACCGGGACUCCAAGCUCCUCCCGGACCGGAAAAUCCAUGAGAAAGUCCACAGGCUUCUCCAAAACGCGCCGUUUCGGAACCCCAAUUGGGGAGGGCUGGUGUCCGGCGACGUCAGGCUGACGGUGGUGGCCAAGGACGGGUUCAGGGUGUCGAUGGACGUGCACAAGAGCGUGCUGGCGGCGAAAAGCCGGUUCUUUGCCGAAAAGCUCCGAAAGGAGCGGGGGGUUUCGCACUGCGUGGAGAUUUCGGACUGCGAUGACGUGGAGGUGUAUGUGGAGGCUGUGGUGCUCAUGUACUCUGAUGAUCUGAAGAGGAGGUUGAUGGGUGAGGAGGUCUCUAGGGUUUUGGGUUUGCUAAAGGUAUCUGCUGCUAUAAUGUAUGAUGAGGGGAUUGCCUCAUGCUUGGAGUAUUUGGAAGCUGUUCCGUGGUCCGAGGAAGAAGAGGAGAAAGUUGUAUCGCAACUCAGUGAGCUCCAGCUUCAUGAAGACUUAGCCAGUGAAGUUCUGCUCAGAGUUUCGUCUGAAUUGUCCACUUCUGCAAGAGCUGAUGGCAUUUUCAUGAGACUGCUGACCGGCGUUCUUCAAGCAAAAGAUGAUAGAGCUCGGAGGGAAAUGAAGACGCUCAUUUCUCGGUUGCUCAGAGAGGAUGCAGGCAGUGACAGCAAUAGGAUUGAUGUCUCUAAAGAAACUCUUUAUCAUCUUUGCCACAGAUGUCUGAGUUCUCUUGUCCUGUGCUUAUCUGAAGCUACAUCUGCGGAUGACGGCAGGCGGGACCGUGGGGUUUUGAUGGCAGAGAUAGCGAGAGAGGCUGAUAACAUGCAGUGGAUUGUUGGUAUUCUGGUGGACAAGAAAAUGGCCGAGGAGUUUGUCAAGUUAUGGGCGGAUCAGAAGGAGCUUGUGGACCUGCAUUCGAAGAUUCCAACCAUGUACAGGCACGAAAUCAGCAAGAUCACUGCUCAGCUAUGCGUUGCAAUUGGGAGCAGGAAUUUGCUUGUGCCGAAAGAAACAAGAUACUUGUUGCUAUCGACAUGGCUGGAAGCUCUGUAUGAAGAUUUCGGAUGGAUGAGGAGGGCUUCUUCGAGAUCUAUUGAUAAGAAACUGGUUGAAGAGGGAAUAAGCCAGACAAUUCUCACACUGCCAUUGCAGCAGCAGCAGACAAUUUUGCUUAAUUGGUUCGAUCGGUUUCUAAACAAGGGAGACGAUUGCCCCAACAUUCAGAAGGCAUUCGAGGUUUGGUGGAGAAGAGCUUUUAUCAAACACGUAUCGGAGCAGGAAAAUACUCAGUUGCAAAUAACUGUUUGUGACUAUCCAAGCUGAAUAAAAUCGACAUACAAUGUACACGUACAUAAAAGCAAUACUUUUGUAUUCCGUACCAGUUUUUAUCGCAUAGUUUUUGUUGGCGCUCACGAACGAAAACUACACAACUCUAGGCACUGUGACCUGCAAAUGUCUGAUAUGGAAACAUUUUUUUACGGUUUCUCAACAUUA